AUGAUAAGCAAUGAGCCAAGCUCAAUCACAACUUUAUCUAGCAAAGCAAGCUAUAUAGAUUACUAUGAGGAAAGCUUGCCCUAUAAAACCUUAAAAGUUGAUAGCAAAGCUAAAAAUACAAUUCUAGAAGCAAUUUUCGAGGUCUAUCUGCUCUGCUUCUUUAUCAAGAGCCCAAAGCGGCAGUCUAUUAUAAAGCAAAGAAUUAAAACUAUUUUCAUUAAUAUCAUAUUUGCAUGCCAAAUUAUUAGCUUUUUAUGAACCUCAAAUACUUCAAUAAACGGAUGAGAAAGUAACGUAAAAGUUUGAAAUUAUAUUGGCUCUUUGCGAUUUGAUAAUUUAUGUAUUUAUUUUGAUGCAAUAGAUUUGUGUCUUUACUCUUCUAUUAUGCUUUCCUUUACAUGUAUAUUUGGAGCAGCUCUUAUGGUAAUUGCUAUUUUAUUGAAAAGAAAGAUAUCUAAACUUUUUGCUCGGGUUUUAGGAGGAUUUUACUUUUUUUUUUCUGAUUUUAUUUAUAUUCCAUCUAUAACUUUACUUUUGAUUUGUGUUAAAUAUAGUGUGAGUACGGAAACUUAUGCAUUAGAAUAUCAGGAAAAUAAUAAAGCAUCAUCUUUUCAGCUAUCACCUAUAUUGAUACCUUGAUUAUUACUAUUGCUUAUUUUUAUAUUUUUCAUUGUAUUGCUAAAAUCGGCUUUUUGCGGAGAUACCAGGCAUUCAAAAUUUCCAAAAGUAGUUUCUGCAAAAGCCCAUUCAAUAAUCGAAAUAUAUACAGUCCUUUAUUCUACAAUAAUAUCAGUAUUUUAUGUAUUUUUUGCUAUUAAGCACAUUAUUUUAUGUCAAAUUAUAACAAUGAUUUUGUCACUCGUUUUAGUUUAUAAAACAGUCAAAUCAUUUCCUUAUUUUUCACCAUUCAAUAACUGCAUUGUGGUGGUUAGAUUCUUAAUUAUUUCUACAGUAUCUUUUGCAUUCAUCUUUGGGAAAUGAAUAAAUACUGCUUAUGCUAUUUCUCUGCUAUCAUUUGUUUUUGUGCCAUCUUUAUCAUUGAUAGCAAUAGAAAUAGUUGUGCGUGCUUAUCAAAAAUCAAUAAGAAAUAGAAUAUUCUAUGUUGAAACUAUAAAAAAUGGAUAUGAGCUUGAACUUUUACUUCGCCAGUCUUUAUGAAAGAAAAAAACUGAGAUAGAUAAAUCAGUUAUACGGGUUUUUGCAGAUUGCUAUCUUAAAACUACUCUUCAUGAAGUAAAACUAUUAGCGAUAUGAGAAGCAAAUUUCUGCUUUUAUAGCUUAAAAGAUGAAACUUUAGCAAAAGUUAAGCUUCAUAAAGCAAAAUACUCUAGUUACAGUUUGGAAGGUAGCUAUCAUGAAUAUUUAUGCAGAAAAAUAUUUUCUGAGAGCGCUAAGCUUAAUGAAAAUACAAAAUUUUUGGAUUAUAUAAAUGAUUUCAAUAAGCUAAAGAAAGAAGAUGAAUUUUUUUGUGUUCUGCUUCAGGAUUUUUGAAGAGAGAUUAUAUUGAGAAAGCCAAACUUAAAUAAAAUAAAAUCAAUAAUGCUAAGGAUAUCAAAUUCAGUUUUAUUCCUUAAUCAAGAAUAUACAAGACUAAUUACUAGCUUUCCGAAAAGCUCAGAAACUCUUUUGUUAUAUUCAACUUUAUUACAGAAAAUUUUUUUUAACAAUGAAAAAGCGAUUCCUCUAUUGAACAGGCAGCAUUCUUUAAAUAGAAUACUUAAACAUGAAUUUGAGAAAAAAUUCAGUGUGUUUGAUGAAAAUAAUGGAAUUAUUUUAGCCAGCUGAGGAGAAAAAGAGGACCAAGGAAAAAUUUUUUUUGCUAAUCCUAGAGUCGCUGAUAUGGUGAAACAUCCUAUAGAUGAGCUUAUUGGGAAUAAUAUCUCUAUAUUUAUACCUCAUCCUUACGAUCACAAUUUUGCGAGCUCAAUGAAUUAUUAUCUUCAAUAUUGUUCGAAAUCUGACUUAAAAUUGCCCCCAUUUAUUUAUUUGCUUUCUCCAAAUGGCUAUUUAGUUGAGUUUAUGUUUAAAGCUUCAAUCACAUCAUUAUCAAAUAUAUUAACUCUAUUUAUUCUCUUAAAGGAAAGUAAUACAAAUCAUCAAAUUGCUUUGAUAUCUGAAACUGGAGAAAUCUAUGCACAUAGUGAACUAUUUAACUUGUACACAAAUUUGAGAUACCCAUUUUUAAAAGGAUUUUACAUUUUUGAUGUUUUUCCAAAUUUGAAAUUUUCUGAUAUUAUACCUAACACGCUUAUCAAGUUGCAAAAUAAAUCAGAAGAUACUUAUAUAGUAUUUUCAUUCUGGGAACUUGAUGGUAUAAAGAUAAACUAUGUAUUGAUAAUAGAUGAUCCUAAUGAACUCCAGGACUGAAACAUCGAAAAGUACAGAGAAAUAGAAGAUGUCUAUACACCAGUAGUAAAUAAAAUUUUUCCAUUGCCGAAGUUUGGUUUUUUAUCAAGUAUAUCAGAAUAUGAUAUUAUAAAAAAUGACCCCAGUGGAAAGCAGAUAAAAAAUGAAACAACAGGCAUAGUACAUUCAAAUGAUAUUACUCAACCAAAAGAUUGAGGAUUAUAUGAAGAUGAAGGGCCAACUCAUAGCAUAUCCCAAAGCUCUUCUGCAAUUCAGAAGAAAAAUCUUGGAAUAAAGCUCAGAGAAGAUGCAACUCGGACUAUAAAAAUUUUCAAUAUUAUUCUUAUAUCAGCGGUAUUUGUCAUUUAGAUUACUAUUAGUACACUAGCGAAUGUAGCAGUUGUGCUUUUCACUGUAAUUGAAGCAAUGAAGCUGAGUGAUUUAAAAAUAGCAAUAACUCUUGGAAAAUUAGAAUACUCCCUUAUUACUAUAGCUAACUCAAUCCGAGAUAUGCAAUUUCAAUUUCUUCUUUAUCCAAACGAGUUACCCAGCUCUGUUUCCGAUUUGCAGGUAAAAAUCAGCGAUUUAGAAGAUCUCCACGCAAAUAUUUCAUUUAAACUAUCUGACUGGGAUCUUUGCCGUGGAAAAAACAUUUUUAUAGAAGAAGCUGUUCCGGUAUGGAAAGGAAAUAUUAUUGAGAACGAAAAAUUGAUUAAUACAAUUUCUGAGUUUAUCGGUACAGUAAUUUAUAUAUAGGGAAAGGAUGUCAUAAGAAAAGCAAACAGUUUAGAAGAUUUCUCAUCUGAAGGUAAAUAUAUCGUCUCAAACGGAUAUGGAAGUGUUUUUCGCUAUACAAACAGUUCUCUUUAUGAUUUUGCUCGUUGCCAGCACGAAUCAAUUGUUGACCUCACUGAAAAUAUGAAUUACUUGCUGCUCAGCAGUUUUGCUAUUCUUAUUGUUUGUAUAGUUGUUCUAAUUCCGUUUACAAUGUCUAUUGAAAAUAUGUUUAACUCUUUCUGGAAUCAUAUAAAAGCUCAAGCAUGUGAUGCAUAUUUUGAUUUAAGGCAAAAUUGCUUAGAUAGACUAUACAGUAUCCACGGGCAAAAUGAUGCUCAAAACUUGCCUCAUAAUACAAAAUAUAUGAGCAAAACUGCCAAUAUGAAAAGUCCCUGAAGAUAUAUAUGAAGGAUCAGCUUAUUUUUAUUAUGUUCUUUGCUCUUUUUUUUGAUAAAUUAUGUGUACAUAUAUCCGAAUGGCCAUAAAUACGUAAAAAUGAGACCUCUACUUAUCAAAACUCUUAUAAGCAGAAAAAUUUCUUAUGUUAAUUUGGUUUCUUGGUCAAGAGAAACAAAACUAGAUGACCAGCCUUUAAGUCUUGAGCAUAUUUUAAAUACAUCUUAUCAGUUUCCAGAGCCAGGAAUAAAGCUAAAUUCACUGUACGCAAACGCGCUUUAUUCAAAUAAACUUAUAAGAAAUCCAAAAUAUGAAGUAUAUAGGUUGCCUGAUGAUGGCGCUCAAAUGUGCCAUCAUCGGGCAAAACCAGAGUGAAAAGGGGUCUCCGCACGGAAAUGGGUUCCACGUGUGGAGCCCUUUUUGGUGCAUGGAAGUGAGGAUUCUCCACGUGUCAAAAAGGGCUCCAACGUGGAAACCCAUUUUUCGUGUGUGGGGCCCUUUCCUGGUUUUUGCCCGAUGAUUGCACAUUGAGCGCCAUCAUCGGGCAUUUAUUAUAUCUUUUAAUUCUGAUUUUAUAAAAUAUUUUUAUGAGGACAUGAGCCAUCAAAAUGAGAUUUUUAAAUAUGGAGUGUACUCUGCAGGAAAUAUAAUUCUCUUUGAUGUCCAUUAUCAUUCUAUGCAUGAUAUGGAUGCUGAUAGUGAUCAGAAUCCAGAUAGAAAUAUGACUUAUAAAGAAGAAAAUGACAAAGAAUGGCUAUCUAUUACUGAAAAAGCAGAAAAUCUAGCAAAUAUUUAUGAUGAUCUUAUAAAUUAUGCUGAUGAUCAAAACAUGUAUAUAAUCCAAAGACAAGUCAUGUAUGUUCUUAUUGUUCUCGUAUUUUAUAUUUUGUAUUCAGCAUGCUUAUAUUUGUUUUUUUAUGUUCCUUUUCUUGCAAAGGAAAAAGCUAAUCUCAAAAAAAUGGAAACAAUAAUGACUUUGAUUCCAGCUCAUGAUAAUAAGCAUUAA